CCUGGAUUAGCUUGGUCCCGACAGCUUGUCUGGUCUUGUCAGUGCUUGCACCUCCAGACGCGGUGUGCCUGCAGCAGCAGCAGCUUCCAGCCAUUUCACACUACGACCCCUCCUCUCUAUACGAACUCUCUCUCUCUCUCUCUCUCUCUCUCUCUCCUUCUCCGACUUUCUGUCUCGCCCUCCGCGCUUCUCUUCUACCUCACACCACUCGGUACGCCGGGUGUUACCAUACACCGCGCCGCACCGCACCGCACCGCACCGUACUCACUACUACCACUCCACUCCUCACUACCACCCCUCACUCCACACUCACCACUCACCACCGACGAAACACGUUCUGCCACCGACUUGGACUUUCCCAUUCGUACACCCCCGCCAUCCACCCAUCCAUCCAUUGCUGCACUACGCCAACCCUCGAUCCAUUGCCGCGCAAUCGCGUCGUGUUUGUUGAGGCGUCACUACAGCAUACAAGCGGGAGCACAGCUUGUAUCGGCACACGACACACACGUACAAAAGCACGACAGACGAGAUGACGAGCGUGGAUAUUGAUUUCACGAGGCGGAACAAGAAGCCGCGAUUGUUGACGGAUUCGGAGAGGGAUAAACUGGAUGAGUUCAUUGACGCGAUUCACUACUCUUCGAGAUACAACGACGACCACUACGAGUACCGUCACGUUCAGUUGCCCAAGCAGAUGCUCAAGGCGAUACCCAAGGACUACUUCGAUGGCGCCAGAGGCACACUGAAGCUGCUGUGGGAAGACGAGUGGAGAGGACUGGGCAUCACACAGAGUCUGGGGUGGGAGCAUUAUGAAGUGCACGAGCCCGAGCCACACAUUUUGCUGUUCAAACGACCAAUGAACUUCCAAUCCAACCAGUGAUGGACCAGCAGAGCUUCUCACAACACACUCAUGUACCACGAACCACAUCACAACAAUCAACAGACGGGAAGACGUUUUUCGGAGUCGACUCCAGCAUGUCGGCGACGCACCAGGCGGGUGGAAGGAAUGCAGCUUCCGGGCGACUCUGGCGUGGUUGAGCGCCAGAAUUCGCACUUCACACAUAUGGAAGCCGAGGUGCGCCCGGUAAGCGAUGGGCAGCAGGUGGACCUCAUGACAUGUCCCCGUUAUUCUCUCUCUCUCUCACUCACUCUCUUCUGCUCCGGGCGGCGCGUUUGGUGAGAUCAUGCAUUAACGGCUGGAAUGCGCACAUGAAACGGGAUCGAAAGACAUGCUGGUAUGUAUUUCAGAGCGGGUUGCAACACGCCACGAUUUCCGUAAUCAACAGGCGGGCAUGUCAGCAACAGCAUCAGCAGAAGCAGCAACAGCAGCAACAGCGUAGUGUAUAUGUAAUGCGGCCAAUGUGUUCGUUAGGUUCCGCUAAUGAUAACGCG